GCAUCUCUAUCUCUCUCUGUUUCUUUCUUUCUCCUGUAUCAGAUCUACUGAGUUACUCUUCACAUCAACAAUGGCGAUGGCUUUAUGGCUUCUUUUUUCUCCUUUUCUUUUUCUCUCUGUUUCUGCCAACACUCAAACCAAAGUAACCGAUAAUCCUGCGGAUGAGUUGGUGGCUGUGCUUAAUGCCAACAGGACAGCACACAAGUCAUCAUCUCUUACUGACAACCAAGGCCUGGCCUGCAUUGCUUUGCAAUAUAUAAAAGCAUACCAAGGUGAUUGUAAAGCUGUAGGAGAAACCAAGAAGCCUUCUGAUUCUGAAUUUGCUGAAACUUUUGCCCCCAACUGUGGUGUUGAUGCCUCAACCCUGACUCCAAUCACUGGCCGUUUACUUGGAUGCCAAUCCAAAUAUGUUGAGCCUUCCGAAGCAUUCUCGAUGUUGAUGGAAAGCGAGAAGAGUUUGGAAAUUCUUUACAAUAAGAACCACACUGAAGUUGGGGCUGCUACAACGGGUACAGAUGGUGGGGGUCCCUAUUUCUGGUGUGUGCUGUUCAGCAGUGGUAAGCAUAACAGUAGCUUUGUUCCACAGGGAGGUGUGGCUAAAAUUUCGAGACCUGGAUGCUUUAGUGGUGCCAAUGAUCAAUGCAACAGUGCUGAUGAUUUAUCUCGACAAGGUCAUUUGUGGACGUAUGCUGUUACAGCUUUGAUUGUGGCGGGAUACGCCUUCUGAUUGUGAACAUAUCCCAUAGUAUCUUGAGCCGUUUGCCACUUGAUUGUUCAUUCUGAGGCCUGCUUCAAUCCAUUACCUUUUAUCAUUGAGCCUCUCUCUUAUGUUUUCCGGGGGAGGGCAGGUUUUAUAAUUUUAUUGAUUUGUUUUUCCCACAUUGAGCAAGUUCACACUUUAUGCCAUUGAUUUCUCCAGUUAUAUGUGUCAAAUUUCAGAUUGAUUGAACAUACUUGACAUGACAAUUACAUCAUUUUCUCUUGAAAUGGUAUAUGUUGUUUAUCUUGA